UGCUCUUACUUGGAGCGCAGGCUAAAAACUCAACUCGUUCUUCUUCAAUACCUCGAGACCUCCAUUCUCCAAUUGAAAACCCUAGGUCUUGAUCGAAGGAGGAGUGAUGAGCCGUGGAACCGGAGCUGGAUACGAUCGUCACAUCACGAUCUUCUCCCCAGAGGGCCGCCUCUACCAAGUUGAAUAUGCGUUCAAAGCUGUGAAGGCAUCUGGGAUCACAUCCAUCGGGGUCCGUGGGAAGGAUUCUGUGUGCGUUGUUACCCAGAAGAAGGUCCCGGAUAAGCUGUUGGAUCAGACCAGUGUGUCUCAUCUCUUCCCCAUCACAAAAUACCUUGGAUUGCUCGCCACUGGGAUGACAGCCGAUGCAAGGUCUUUGGUGCAUCAAGCUAGGAAUGAAGCUGCAGAGUUUCGUUUCAAGUGGGGUUAUGAGAUGCCUGUGGAUGUACUGGCAAAGUGGAUAGCUGACAAAUCACAAGUAUACACUCAGCAUGCCUACAUGAGACCUCUCGGAGUUGUGGCUAUGGUCUUGGGCAUUGAUGAAGAAAAUGGACCUCAACUCUUCAAAUGUGACCCAGCUGGUCACUUUUUUGGUCACAAGGCAACAAGUGCUGGCCUGAAAGAGCAGGAGGCCAUCAAUUUCUUGGAAAAGAAAAUGAAAAAUGAUCCUGCUUUCUCAUAUGAGGAGACUGUGCAGACUGCCAUAUCUGCUCUGCAAUCUGUGCUUCAGGAAGACUUCAAGGCUACUGAGAUUGAGGUGGGAGUGGUGAGGAAAGAUGCCCCACAAUUUAGAGUGCUGUCAACUGAGGAGAUCGAUGAGCAUUUAACAGCAAUUAGUGAGCGAGAUUGAUAAGAUAGCUUCAUUGAUUUCUGUUAGGUUUCUACUAUGGACGCCUAUUUUAAUUAUGCUCAUGUUUGAACCAAGCAGCAUCAAACAUCAUGAGAAACUUCAUACGCAUUCUUGGUGUUGUUUCUAAAUCUCAUUUCUCAAUGUGUUACUUUAUAAUGAUCUGAGGAAUGUUUUUCUUCACUUUGAACAAUUUGGUAAUUGCACAGCACUUUAAGCAUUUGUGCU